CGUUGAGGAGGCGAGGUGGAGGGUUCUAAAUGGCUUCUAAGAAGUUGGGAUCUGAGUCUCAUGGUCCUUUCAGUUAUCUUGAUGAUGUCCCAUUUAAGAUAGGAGACAAAUUCAAAAUCCCAGCAAAGGUUGGAUUACCCAUUGGUUUCAGCCUGCCUGAUUCUUCUCAGCUUGUCAGAGAAGCCCAGUAUGACUUCUCACUAGAAAAGAAAACAAUUGAAUGGGCUGAAGAUAUCAAAAAAAUUGAAGCUGCCCAGAGAGAAGCUGAACAAAAGGGAGAAGAAGCACUAGCAAAAUCAAAAGCAGAUUCAGAGGACAUCACCAAAAUGGGGUUCUCAGAGGGACCUUGCCCUAAAGUCAUGCCUCCUCCUAUUAACCCCAUCCUUGCUAGCCUGCAGCACAAUAAUAUUCUUACUCCCACACCAGCCAACAGCAGUGCUGUGAAGCAAAAGGUUAUCAGUCCACCUCAUCCAAAAGCAGACUUCAACCCAGCUGAUUUUGAAUGCGAAGAAGACCCUUUUGACAAACUGGAAUUAAAAACUAUCAAUGAUAAGGAAGAAUUAAAAAGUAUCCUUGAAAUUCAUGUUGGUACUACUAGGCCAAUUGUUGCCCAGCUGUUAGAUAAUACUUUGCCCAAAGUAGAGUCUGAGUCCGUGUUGCAAGAUGAGAAAUUUCUGACAUCCAUAGAAAGGGCUACAUUGGACUUCAAACCCCUUCACAAACCAAAUGGCUUUAUCACUUUACCACAGUUGGGAAACUGUGAAAAGAUGUCCUUGUCUUCCAAGAUGUCCCUGUCCCCUAUCACUUCAGUGAGCAACAUCAAAACCCUGUCCUUUCCUAAACUUGACUCCGAUGAGAGUGAUCAAAAAUCAUCAAAGCUUAUGAGCACUUUCCACAGCACUACCUGUCUCCGCAACGACACUUUGCUCAGCUCUUUGCAGACCUGUGCUCAGAGUAAAACCAGUGAACUGAAUGGACACCAUAUGGUGGGUCUUUCUGCUCUAAAUGAGGACAGUGGCAUGGAGACAUCAACAUUAUCCUCUUCAUCCAAACUGCCUUCCCUGGCUGCAUCAACAGUUUGUACAGAAGAAUCAUCUCAAAGCACAGCAAUUAUGGUGCACCUAGACUACAAGGAAACAAAAAUACUUACGGUAACACACCAAAAUUUCCCAGUGUCUAAAGUGCCCAAUAAUAUCAGCUGCACAAAGCAGUCAGGUGACCCCACUUCUGAACUACAGCAGGCCCUCUCUGCUAGUGAGAGGCAGUGCAUAGAGGCAGUUGUCAACAUGGGAUAUGCGCCUGAGGACGUCCUGAAAGCCAUGAAGAAGAAGGGGCAGAACAUAGACCAGGUUUUGGAUUACCUGUUUGUACAUGGACAGCUUUGUGAGAAGGGCUUUGAUCCACUUCUUGUUGAAGCAGCUUUGGAAAUGUACCAGUGUUCAGAGGAGAAGAUGACAGAGCUUCUCCAACUAAUGAGUCAAUUUAAAGAAAUGGGUUUUGAACUAAAAGACAUUAAGGAGGUCUUAUUACUACAUAACAAUGACCAACAGAAGGCUUUGGAAGAUUUGAUGGCCCGUGCAGGAGCCAGCUGAAAACACAGUCCUGGAUUCUCAUCAUGCAACAAAGCAAGACCAGGGUGACCUAAUCUCAGCAAGGAGUUUGGCUUUUUUGCAUAUAAGGGAGAAUGUCUGAGCAAGCCCAUCCAUGUGCAUCACUCCAGCAUUUCUCUUUCCACUGAGAGUCAACUUUCUUUUUUUAAAUUAAAUUUUAAAGUGUCCUUUCCUAAGUUUCCUUGUUUCCAGCUUGGCCACAGAGAGUUUACACUGUCCAGUCUCUACUGGAAUUGUACAUAGGUAGAGAUGGUGUGGUUUCUCCCACUCACCUUUGCACUGGAGUUGAACAGAACAUUGUUAGUUCUGAAA